AAUCGUUUUGCUUGUGCUACCGCUUAAUGAGAAAAAAUUGUUUGUCCUUUAAGUUUUAACCUUUUGAAUUUUGCCUUUUAUAUUUGUGAAGAUUGUAAAUAAAAAUAUUCAAAUGUAAACAGUGUUAUAACUGACUGUAUUUUCUUUGUGAGUUUGCGGAAAUUGUGGAUUUCAAAAUGAGUGUUUACAGUGGUAGUCAUUUUUCCACUUCUAAGACUUCCAAUAACCGGUGCCAGUCACGUGUUAAUAAAUCCGAUUCUCAAAAGUAUUUGUGCCCAAAAUGCAACAUGCAGUACAAGUAUUUUGCAAAGUACCACGUUUUCCAUGGAAAAAUACCACUGAUACUGCACUGCAACCACACGCUCUGCGAGGAGUGUGUGCAGGAUAGUUACAGUAAGGGAGGCGUAAUCUGCAUCGAAUGUGGACAAUUUUCUCCAAUUGACACCAGUCAGAAACAACGCUUGCAAGAAAUUUUUCCCGUAAAUUUUUACUUGUUAGGCGUUAUGAGUUAUUUGCGACCUCACGUUAAAGAUCAAGAUAUGAAACUCCAACCGACUGGUAUGACGUACACCAAUCUUGCCAGCUCUCAAUUUGGCAGCACCUCUACUUUAUGUGAUCAGCCAGAAUCUUUAGAUUUCAUAUUACAAGGUCUUGCCCUUAAAUUGAAAGAUAAAUGCUGCAAGGAUCUGUGCAAAAAUUCAGCCUCAUUGCGUUGCCUCGAAUGCAAUGAAGUCUUCUGUGAAUAUUGCUGUGAACCCUUUCAUAAUAGUACGAGGAGUUUUAGAAAACAUAGAAUUGUACCUACCGCUGUUGAUAUUGUACCAGAGGCACUCGAUAAAUGUGCAGUGCAUAAGGAAAACCCCUUAGAAUUUUUGUGUAACCUCUGCGAAAAGUAUUGCUGUUGUUAUUGUCUUAUUCAAGAACACAAUGGCCACAGCUUCUCUCAAAUUUCAAAAGCCGACUUGAUUGGUACCGAGGAUUUUAAAAUGCUGAUUGAGAGUGCAGGAGAGAAAUUGAAAAGGCUCAUUCUAGCACACAAGAAUGUAAGAUAUCACCUCCAAAGAGCAUCGAUGGCUUCCAACAAUCCGAUUGAUGCAGCGAUCGGUACAUAUUUCUUGAGGCUCCAUGCUAGACUGCAAUCUUUGGAAAAACAGAUAAGAAGUAAUUCUGAAAGUAUUAAAACCAAACACAUUGACGCGUUGAACGAAAUCGAUGAAGAUUUACGUUCCAAUAUACGAACUUUACACGGUUUAAUUGAUACUGCUUUAAAUGUGAACGAUGAAACUAAUAAAGUAAAGGUUAAUGUGCAGAACUUAAUCGACAAACUGAAGAGUUUCGUUGCCGUCCCUUGUUAUUUAAUCGGACAGGAACAAGUUACUUACGCCGUACAAUUUAAUUGUGAAGAUCCAUUUGAAAAUUUGGAAGAAACUGUUUCUUCGCAAUUUAAAGAAACCGAAACUAGUUUUAGACUUUUACGUGAAGACGAAUUGCCCGAAAAUUAUCACGUUGAGUUACCCGACGAUUUGGCUUCAUUAGAAGUUGUACACUUGAAUCGAAGUUUGACAAGGUCUCCCGAAUCAGUUUCAUCUAACUCGUCAAUGGCACUUAGUCAAAAUAGCAGUGUAUCACAUACUCGAAGUAAACCGUCAAAGAUGACACCCAAGACGAAAGCAGUAGAGGGAUGGAUCAAAGGUGUUCACGAAUCAACUUUUACAAUAAACACUCCUAUAUUCAAACCAAAGGAUCGACAUUCUGUGAACAUCAGCUACAUAGCCAAUCCAGAAAAUUUUUAUGUGCAAGUUGAUUCUCAAAUGAAAGAGCUGCAACGUUUACAUGAAGAAAUUCAAAAUUAUGUUAAACGUUUUACUGCUCGUGUGAAAAGAAUUCCCGAAAUAGGAUCCCUUUACAUCGUAAAUUAUCAUGCAACAGAAUGGUAUCGAGGUAGAGUUAUAGAUAUUGAAAAAAGUAGUAACUGCAAUGUUUAUACUGUUGAAUUUAUCGACUAUGGCAACACAAAGCUAGUUACGGAACUGAAAGACUUCAUUGAGAUAAUCGGCGCAUUUAGCGAACCGCCUCCGUUUGCGCAAAGGUGUAAAUUAUUUGACAUGCAUCCUACUGCACCGUGUUGGAGUGAAAGAGAAACACGUUAUAUGGCCGAAAUUAUUGCAGGCACAGAAGUUAUCAUGGUUAUCAUGGAAUACGCUAGUGAUAUUUUGGAAGUUGAUUUACUCUCAUGUUCUGGCGCAGAAACAACGUCAGUGCGAGACGCGUUACUAUUUGCAGGUUAUGGUGUAUCUGAAUUGAAAGUCGUAGAACCGACAAGCAGUAUCACAAUGCAGAGCAUUAGAUCCAAUGUCAAACUUCACACUGGCGGACAAAGCUUAAAAAAUGGAGAUGAAUUAACAGUAUAUAUCAGUAAUGUUAUAAAUUUACAAAAUAUUUAUGUUCAAGUGAUUGAUCAUUUCCACCACGUGGAGCAUUUAAACAUUGCUAUGUCGGACUAUUACAUUAAGAAAGACAAAGUAAGGGGUGAAAAUAUUUACAAUCCCAAAACAGAUAUGGUAGUUGCUGUUAAUCUUCAUGAUAAAUAUUAUCGCGCGACUAUAACCCAAGUAAAUCAAGGCAAAGGAUCUGUUGUAGUACUUUUAGUAGAUUAUGGUAAAACAGUUACGGUUCAUUAUUCCCUAUUAAGAAAAUUACCCAAUCAAUUUCGUACUUUAGAAUGCCAGGCUAUAUUGGUGAAAUUAUCUCACAUACGGCGCACAAGUGACAAAGAGAUGGACAAAAAUGUUCAAAAUUACUUAAAACCUUAUAUUGACAAAAAAACUAAGUUGCGUCUAGUAGUUGUGAAUAAAGAAGAAAUUCCAUCAGUUGUACUAUUUGAAACGCUUGGCUCUAUGGAGAGCUGUUUAAAUAAGGCCCUUAUAGAUGAAGAACUUGCAAAGCCCUUUGGUGACAUAUCAGAAUUAGGAAAUUAUUCAAAAUAUUUUAAAAAAAAAUUAACCGAUUCCAAGCAGUCAUAUGUUAUCGAUUUGCUAAGUACCAUACAGUCGUCAAGAGAUAAUGAACCACAAGAAGAUAGCGAUUCCGACAGUGACAAUCAAGUAAUAAAAAAGCGUAUUCAUAUUCUCUCGUGUACAAGUCCCGAUGAAAUUUUUGUUGAAUUAGUAGACCCAUCUGCAGCAAAGCUAUAUGAAGAGAUGCAUUCGUCGUUACAAGUACAUUAUUCGAAAAAACGUAAGGCGGAAAAACGAGAUUGGAAAAUCGAUGAUCUUUGUGUAGUCUACAAUACUAAAUGUAAUCAAUUUUUUCGAGGAAUUAUAACCAAUAAAAUAGAGGAUAAGUUCAAGGUCAUGUUACAAGAUAUCGUCCAAGAGAUAGUGGUGCCAUCAGCUGCCAUAUUUGUCUUGCACGAUCAGUUUAAACAGCAUAGAGAACGCGCAAUACGGUGCCAUUUAGCUUCCGUUACUCCAGCAGGUGAUAAAAACAAGUGGAGUGGUCUCGCUAUAGAUUUCUUGCGAAAUAUAUUUGACCAAUAUCAUGACAUAUCAAUGACUAAAAAUGGGGCAGUUGAUCGCGAUCGCAAAUCGGUUCCUGUGAGUAUGUGGUAUACUGAAACUAAACUCGGCGGAGCUCUCGAACGGUCCAAACAAAUUUUACACAAUGUUAAUAAACUGCUGGUCAAGAAUGGAUUAGCUUUAAAGCUCGCUUCAAAUGGAACUGAAGUUAAGACUGAAUUCGAUGAUUUAGUAGCAGUGCCAGUGGAAAACAAAGAAGAGGACCAGAAAACACAGGAUCUUUCUACAAGCAAAGCAAUACGAGCAACUAGUGCGCCUAUAGAAAGAACAAUAGAUGUCAUUAGUGUAUCCCCACGAGCAACUACAACAAUGAACCACACAUUUUCGGAAAUGUCUGCACAGAAUCCGUCCGAUUAUUAUGCACUUUUUUUUAAGCCAAUUAACGAAAAUCAAUUAAAAAAUAAUGCCUCGCCGAUCACUGCAAAAUCUGUCGAUUGGAACGAAAUAGUAGAAAAAGAUUUAUUAAUGGAAGCAAAUUCACAUACGGUUAUUGUCAAUGGGGAAGAACUGCCACAGAGGGCAGCAGCUGAUCUUCACCUAGAUAAUUUACAGAUAGAUCAACAAAUUAACUUAUCAGAAUAUGGUGAUGAUGAGUUAAGGCAAAUGUCUGAGUCUACAUUCAAUAAUUCAGACAUUUCACUUAUGCAAAAACAACCUCAUAUGAUUCGUAGUAAUGAAGUUACUGAUUGGUUACCACCGAUACCCAUUAAUGAAAAGAAUUUUCGCGCUAUAGUUACAAACGUGGGGAGUAACGGUACCAUAUACGCACACCUAAGCUCAAAAAAGGACGCCUUAAAUUAUAUGGGUGAAAAAAUGAAUACAUAUUUUAAACAAACCCAACCUGAACCGAUUGGCACGGUUUGGAUGACUGGUCAGUUAUGUACAGUUAAGUAUCAUCUCAAUGACGAAUGGUAUCGGGGUAAAAUUAUCAAUGUAAGUAAGGAUAUUGUAUCAGUGUUCUUAAUUGACUUUGGUAAUGAAGAGGAGGUUCAACAUGAUGACUUACGUUUUGGGGUUAUGUACUUACAUCUACCGCCUUUUGCUAACAAAAUUCAAUUAUAUCAAGUUCAUCCAUUGACAGGAUCCACAUGGCUAACCUCAGAUCUGGAUGAACUUCAUAAAAUACUAGUUGAAAACGAAAUUGAGGUUAGCGUAAUUAAGAAAAGUUCUAGACCAGACAUGCCCAUAUCAGCCCUUGUGAAAUUGGAUAAUGUCAACAUCAAUGAAUACAUGCGUAAUUAUAGUACAAAUUUGGUAAUAUCUGUAAGCACAGAUGGUGUGGACAAGGAUGAUAGUGAUAGUGAUGUCAUAAUUGAGGACGAACAAUAUGACGAUAUUUCUACUAGCCCUCUGUCAUUCACUCGAAACCUUAUACCCCAAAAAAUGGUGGGAGAAAAAAUUGAAGUAACCGUAACCACACUUACGGAUUACAAUGAGGUUUUGUUAGAAAUUCUCUGUGAUUGUAAUGUUGACGAAGUGAGGCAAUUAUUUGAAGAGAUUUCGGAGGAUAUACAAAAUAAGGGAGACACGCAACCAUUGUUAAACACACUACAAAUUGGCAGCGCGUGCAUCGCAAAAUAUUCAGAAGAUGAACAGUGGUAUAGAGGAGAGAUUAUUAACUUGGACCAAUUAGAUAGGAAUGAGGUUUAUGUCUGGUUUAUUGAUUUUGGAAACUACGAAAGUGUACCUAUAAGUUGCAUUAAAACAGUUGAUCCCCAUUGGUUUAAGUUACCAGUAUUACAAUAUAAGGCCAUUAUUGACGGUAUCAGAUUGAAUGAUAUAUCCCAGUUAAGUGUUGUUUUGGAAUGUAUGUCCGAUUACUGCAGCACACAUAAAUUAGCAGAAAUUGUCUCUGUAGAGCCUCUACAUGUCAAACUGUACAAUGAUGAUGAACUUGCAUACCAAGAUUUAAUCGACCAAGGUUUACUGAUAAAAACUAAUUAAUAAGUAUCAUACAUCUGUUAUUGUUCAUAGAGUUAAAUGUUUCAUUUCUAACUUGUUUUGCUUAUAUGUCAAUAUUUUCUAUUUUGAAAUAUAUGGUUCCAUUCAUUA